CUCUACGAGCCAGGCUCCUGGGGCUGCGCGCUUCGCUGCAGGAGUGGCCGCGUCCGAAGGGGAUCGCGCCGAGCCUUCGCCCCUUCUAGCGCGGAGCCGAGCCGAGCCGAGCCCUCCGCCGCUGGGGCGUAGCGGGAAGAGAGCGGCUGCAGGCUCCGACAUGAUGUCCACCUACAGGCGGGCGACGCUGGAUGAGGAAGAUCUGGUAGACUCGAUCGGGGAAGGAGAAGUUUACCCUAAUGGAAUCCAGGUAAAUUUCCGUGGCUCUGGGAACAGCAGGAGUUGCUGGACAGAACGCACUCACAUUGAGAAGCGUCUCUUGGUCCUGAUCGUGGUUCUGGCACUCAGCCUCUUGGCCUGUGUCUUAGCCCUGGGAUUCCAGUACAGAGAUAGGCCAUCCAAGUCAUGUCUGACGGAAGCCUGCAUCUCCGUGACCAGCUCCAUCCUGAGCUCUCUGGACCAGUCAGUGAGCCCCUGCGAGGAUUUCUUCAAAUAUGCCUGUGGUGGGUGGAUGAAGGGAAACCCCAUGCCCGAUGGCCACUCACGCUGGGGCACCUUCAACAACCUCUGGGAGCACAACCAGGCCAUCAUGAAGCACCUUCUAGAAAAUACCACAUCAAACAUGUCCAGCGAGGCCGAGCGCAAGGCCCAGCGCUAUUACCAGUCCUGCAUGAAUGAGACCAAGAUCGAGGAACUGAAGGCCAAACCACUGAUGGAGCUGAUUGAGAAGCUCGGUGGCUGGAAUAUCACGGGCCCCUGGGACAAAGAUAACUUUAACAAGACCCUGCAGGAGGUCAUGGCAUACUACCACACCUCACCCUUCUUUUCUGUCUACGUGAACGCUGACUCCAAGAACUCCAACAGCAACGUCAUCCAGGUAGACCAGUCAGGACUCGGGUUACCUUCCAGAGAUUACUACCUGAACAAAACGGAGAAUGAGAAGGUACUUACUGGGUACCUGAAUUACAUGGUGCGGCUGGGCAUGCUCCUGGGAGGGGCAGAUGAGGAGGCCACCCGGCAGCAGAUGCAGCAGAUCUUGGACUUUGAGACGGCGCUAGCCAACAUCACCAUCCCUCAGGAGAAGCGCAGGGAUGAGGAAGUGAUUUACCACAAAGUGACAGCCGGAGAGCUCAAGAACCUGGCACCAGCUAUCAAUUGGAUGCCCUUCCUCACCACUGUGUUCUACCCGGUGGAACUCAAUGAAUCCGAGCCAGUGGUUGUCUAUGCCAAAGAGUACUUGGAGCAAGUCUCCAGCCUCAUCCAAGCCACGGACAGAUGCCUCCUGAACAACUACAUGAUCUGGAAUCUGGUGAGGAAAACCAGCUCCUUCCUGGACCAGCGCUUCCAGGAUGCAGAGGAGAAAUUAAUGGAAGUCAUGUAUGGAACCAAGAAGACCUGUCUGCCACGCUGGAAGUUCUGCGUCAGCGACACCGACAACAGCCUGGGCUUUGCGCUGGGAGCCAUGUUUGUUAAAGCCACUUUUGCAGAGGACAGCAAGAAAAUAGCCGAGGAAAUGAUUACAGAGAUUAAAACUGCCUUUGAGGAAAGCCUGGCCACUCUGCAGUGGAUGGAUGAAGAGACGAGGAAAUCUGCCAAGGAGAAGGCAGAUGCAAUCUAUGACAUGAUCGGUUACCCCAAGUUUAUCCUGGAUCCCAAGGAGCUGGACAAGGUGUUUCAUGAUUAUGAAGCUGUCUCCAGUCUCUACUUCGAGAACGUCAUGCAAUUUUAUAACUUCUCUGCCCGAGUGGCCGCUGACCAACUCCGGAAACCUCCAAAUCGGGACCAGUAA